AUGCGGCUCUUUGCGCGCAUCGGCGGCCGCAAGCAGCCCGUUCGGCUUGCCUUGGUGGGGCUCUGCGGUGGCAUCUCACACGCCUUCUUCUCUGCAGCUGCUGCGGAAGCACCCCUGCCGGUGGUCGAGCUUUCAGCGCUACAUCGACGUUUCGGUGGUGACUCUUCUGUGUGGGAUAAUCAGCCGAUGCUGCAGAGCGCCCCUUCCGGUGGCACGAUUUCCGCCUUGAGCGUUCAGAUUCCUGCUCUUGAGAAGCUCCUGCCAUAUUUGAGGCUACCCGGCUGCGGGAUCUUCGAUCUGGGAUUCGGAAGCGGUGUCAUGACAGCCAUGAUGCUUGCAGUCGCAGAUGACUCCGCGACUGCAGUUGGCGUGGACUUGGCGGAUAAAGUCCCUGUGGCAACGGGGAAUAUGGAGUCCUGCGAUCCAAGCUGCCCGUUUUCCCCCUUCGACAAGCAGCGCUUCUCACUGGAAGGUGGCGAUGCCUUCGCCUACCUUUCGAAGUGGAAGAAGGACGGAAAACGGUUUGACGUCGUGUAUUCUGGGUGCUCGAUGGAUCCGCGAACCGAGCAGCUGCGACUCUU